GCUUCGUAUUUUUUAAUGACAGUUUACUUUUCAAGCAGUUAGUAAUUCGAAAACCUUUGAAAUUCUGAAACCGCGGAAACCGAAACCAAAUGCGCGGGUGACGAUGACGAUGUUGCCCCAUCAUCGCGCUGUUGCUAUCAUCCACAAACAGCUGUUCGGCCUUUCCAGCUGAUAUUGCGACAGGUGUCCAAAGAGUAAACAUUCCGUGAACUUUGCAGCUGGCGGACGGAAAAUGCGACCUCUCCAGCGUGUGCGUCAGUUGCUGAGCCUCGGAACACGGAUUCGAGGCAAAAGAGCACUACAUGGUCAGCGAGAAGCUAGUGUCCAGAAAGGCGGUCGUCCUGUAUUGCGAUUGAGUCUUUUGGCAGUCGGCGCAGGCGGCCUGGCUUACGAUGGGAUAGUAAAUGACUUCACCUACUGCGGCGCCUCCGUGCGAUUUGUACGAUCCUUAAAAACAGCAGGAUUGAUAGCCGCUGACUAUCUGCGGCUGGACGAGAACGAUCCGGAGUACGAAACAAAGGUGAAGCUGCUCCACAAGAAGAGCGCCGAGCGACUGCUGGAGACGUGCCUGCUCAACGGUGGUCUGUACAUCAAGGUGGGCCAAGGAUUCGCGGCCAUCAAUCACAUCCUGCCCGUGGAAUACACCAGCACGCUGUCCCUGCUGCAGGAUAGAUGUCUGCCCACCACCCAAGCGGAUGUCCAAAAGGUCUUUCGCAAGGAUUUUGGCCAGUUGCCCGAGGAGAUAUACCAGGAGUUCGACUAUCAGCCCGUGGCGGCCGCCAGCUUGGCGCAGGUAUUCAAAGCCAAGCUGCCCAGCGGCGAGCAGGUGGCCGUCAAGGUGCAAUACAACGAUCUGCAGAAGCGAUUCAUCAGCGACCUAGGUACCAUCAUCUUUCUUCAGGACAUUGUCGAGUUCUUCUUCAAGGACUACAACUUCGGCUGGAUAUUGAAUGACCUGCGUAAGAACCUGGUGCUGGAGCUCAACUUUUUGCAGGAGGGACAAAAUGCCGAACGCUGCGCCAAGGACAUGCAAAAGUUCAGCUAUGUCCACGUGCCCAAGGUGCAUUGGUCGUAUACUAAAACGCGCGUUCUCACUCUUGAGUGGAUGGAUGGAUGCAAGAUCAGCGACCUGAAGACGAUUGAAAAAGAAAAACUCAGCUUAAAGGAGAUCGAUGUGAAGCUCUUUGAGGCCUUUGCUGAACAGAUCUUCUACACUGGCUUCGUGCACGCCGAUCCUCAUCCAGGAAAUAUUUUUGUGAGAAAAAAUAGAAAAAACGGGAGUGCGGACAUCAUCUUGCUGGAUCAUGGACUUUACGAAGAACUGCCUCAAAAUGUGCGAGGUCCACUCUGCGAGUUCUGGGAGGCCACCGUUCUGCGCCACGAGAAUCGGAUGCAGGCCGCCGCCGAGAAGAUCGGUAUCGGUGACUACAUGCGCUUCGCCGAAGUGCUCUUCCAGCAGCCCAUACGGAAUCGAGGUGGUCGCAUACGCGGCAAACUGACGCAGGAGGACAUCGAUCACAUGCAGGAGAUAGCCAGGAACAACUUCGAGCACAUCAUGGGCACCCUGAAGGAGAUGCCCCGAAGCAUGUUGUUCGUGGUGCGUAAUCUGAACACAGUGCGUGCCAUUAGUCAUCAGCAUGGAGACGUGGUGAAUCGUCCUCGGGUCAUGGCGCGAUAUGCCCAGAGGUGCCUUUAUAUGCAGCACAAUAGAAGGUCUCCCGUGCAAUAUAUCCGUUGGCUGAGUGGACGCAUGUACUUCGAGUACUGUCUGUUUCUGUCAGCCUUCAAGCUGUAUCUCCUCGACUGGUACUUCAACAUCCUGUACCUAGUUGGUCGGGCUCCUGCCUCUGCGAGAACCGUGAUGAAAGAGAUAAUGCAGCCUCCGGAGCCUGAUAUGUUGAAAUAACCACGCUAACCGUUUGCUUUACGCCUAAAUCAUAAGUUCAAAAUGUACUUUUGUAUGUAAAUGUAUACAUCAUUUUUAUUCCACUAACUUAUUCUCAGAAAUCGGUAACCUUGUAGUGUUCAACUUGAUAGGCGAAAUUCCCGUCGAACCAUGACAAUAUGAAUGUAAUUGUUUUAUAAUAUGACAGAGAAUAAGUUGGAGAAUAUAUGUAGUUUUUAUAGUGUGCAAGCACAUGUUUAUUCUAAAGCGAUGAUCAAAGUAUUUAUGCCUUUAUGAUGCUUUACUUUUAAUUGGCUAUUAAGGUGUAGGAUUUCUGAAUAAAUUUACUAAUCACUUGUAA